UAUUACCCAUAUACACAACAAAAAAUUGUUAAGAAAAGUUGUAGUUUAAAAACUCUCUUUUAUUUCCUCCCUCCUCCCCCAUCAUCAUCAUCUCAGAUCUCUCUCAUCUGACACCAAUUUUAAACAUCUUUCUUACCAAAAAAUCGUAAAACCCCUUUUCCUUAUCCAUUUCCCCAUUUUGAUCCCUCUGAUCUGAGAACAAACUCUGUCACCAAUCAAAUUUUUAUGCUUCUUUUUACAGCUAAGUUUGGUCUUGAUAGGUCACUCACCAUGGAAGGUCCAAACACCUCAACCCAGGUUCAAGGUAUUGUUGCUGGACCACCACACCUCCAUAUUCUCUGAAUUCACACAUAAAAACUAUUUCUUUGUUGUCCUGUGGCCAUCUUUUGGUUGAUUUUCCCUAUACCCAUUUGGAGUUUUGCAUAUAUUAAUGGUGUCUUGUUCCUCUAGUGGUGGUGGGUAUUUAGGUUCCGCAAUUGGGAUUGUGGGUUUGGAGCAUAAGCAAAAACUGGACUUGAGGUUGGGUUUGGGUAUUGUUUUUGAUCUAGGUUUGAUGAAUAUAUUGUUUGCUGGUUCUUUUGGAUGAAAAAUAUGUGUGAGGUUUAUUAGGUCUUAACUUAUGCUUGGCAAAUGUUUGAUGACAUUUUUGAUUGAUGUGUUAGUUGGAUGAUACAUAUAAAUGUAUGAGGUAUAUCAAGAUUCGAGUAGUUGUGUAAAAAUGGUUAGAUCAUGUUGGAAAAUCUCUUCUGUGGAGGGUGAUGGAAGUCGCCGGGGCAGAGAUGGAAGUCGUCAUGGUGGAGAUUCGAAUGGUCGGGUUGAUGGUUUGUUAUGGUAUAAGGAUUUAGGACAACAUGUAAAUGGUGAAUUUUCAAUGGCGGUAAUACAAGCCAAUGGUUUGUUGGAGGAUCAAAGCCAACUAGAAUCAGGGCCAUUGAGUUCGCUUGAUUCAGGCCCUCGCGGGACAUUUAUUGGAGUUUACGAUGGACAUGGAGGACCGGAGACAUCCCGUUUCGUAAAUGAGAAGAUGUUUCUCAACCUUAAGAAAUUUGUGGCUGAGCAUAAAGAGAUGUCUGCAAGUGUUAUUAAAAAGGCAUUCUUGGAAACUGAAGAGGAGUUUCUGUCUCUCGUAAAGCAGCAAUGGCUUGAAAAGCCACAAAUUGCUUCAGUGGGAUCGUGUUGUUUGGUUGGGGUAAUAUGCAAUGGACUUCUAUACGUUGCAAAUGUUGGAGACUCUCGUUUGGUGUUAGGGAGAGCAGAGAAGUCUUCUAAAGGUGUGACUGCUAUUCAGUUAUCAACGGAGCACAAUGCAAGUAUUGAGUCUGUGAGAGAAGAGCUUCGUUCAUUGCAUCCUGAUGAUUCACAGAUUGUGGUUCUAAGACACAAGGUUUGGCGCGUGAAGGGUCUCAUACAGGUUUCAAGAUCCAUUGGUGAUGCCUAUCUGAAGAAGGCUGAGUUCAACAAAGAACCUCUAUUGGCUAAGUUCAGACUCCCCAAGCCCUUCCCCAAGCCAAUCCUUAAUCCGGAGCCUUCAAUCUUUAUACACAAACUCCAUCCCAACGAUCAGUUUCUCAUAUUUGCUUCUGAUGGUCUAUGGGAGCAUCUCACCAAUCAGGAGGCUGCCGAUAUAGUCAACAAUUGUCCACGUAGUGGAGUUGCUAGGAGACUUGUUAAAGCCGCACUCCAUGUAGCAGCGAAGAAAAGAGAAAUGAGAUACUCGGACCUCAAAAAGAUUGAUCGAGGGGUGAGGAGACAUUUCCAUGACGAUAUUACAGUUGUAGUCGUGUUUCUAGAUCAGCCUUCGAUGAUUAGGAAUUCAUCUCGUGGUUUCACUAUUUCAGUAAAAGGUGGUGGAGGUGUACCCACUACUUCCAAGUCCUAGUCUGCAAUAUUCUUCAAUUUUAUCCAUCAAAUAUCAUACAUUUUUCUUUUCUUUCUACAUUCUACAUAUAGAAAGAAAUAGAAAAAAAGAAAGAACAUAUCUUCAGACGUGCAGUGGCAUCCCAAGUCUUUCCGUAAAGUUGCAGUUCAUGAAUCUCAAGAAGAUUUCAAGAAGAGGGAUAGUUAAAUCUGUGAAUCUGUUUGUUGUUGAUUGUGACAUUGCAGAAAAUCUUUCUACAGUUUGGUCCGGUGAAGUUCGGCAUGAAUUUUCUUGCUUUGGAAAUGUGUAGAUAUGAAUUUUUUUCACCUUUUCUCUUCCUUUUAAGAUGUAUCAUUCUAGCAUUUAUAUCAUUUGGUUGAAACAAACCAUUCAUUAUUGUAACUAUGUGAGGGUUCUUGUUUUAUUUGCCAAAUCUUUGUUUCACUUUUGAA